AAAAAAUGCUGAUAAAUUCGAAUGUAGUGGUGCACCCAAAUCUGAAAAUUGGGAAAGAGAAACCCUUUUCAGCUCACUUGAGUUUUUCUUCUCCGCGCAACAAAAUCAUCAUCAAGCACAGAAGAAAUCUCCUCGUCGCCGCAGCUCAAAACCUAGAGAUGAAUCAGAAGAUAAUAAUAUUAAACAAGCGCCGUGAAAAACUUGUGGGUGUAUUGCAUGAAACUGAAUCACCACAAAUCGUAGUUCUGUGCCAUGGUUUUCGAUCCUCAAAGGAGAGCAAACUUGUGGUCAACCUUGCCAGUGUUCUAGAAGAGGAAGGAAUCAGUGUGUUUCGCUUCGAUUUUGCUGGAAAUGGAGAAAGCGAAGGCUCGUUUCAAUAUGGUAACUACUAUAGCGAGGUUGAAGACUUGAGAGCUGUGGUUGAAUACUUCACCGGAAUAAACCGCUCGACUGUUGCUAUCGUUGGGCAUAGUAAAGGUGGCAAUGUUGUGCUUCUGUAUGCAUCCAAGUAUCACGAUAUAGGUGCUGUGGUAAAUAUCUCCGGUCGUUAUAAUCUCAAAAAAGGCAUUGAAGAACGCCUCGGUGCAAAUUACUCGGAAAGACUCAAGAAAGACGGGUACAUUGAUGUUAAACUACCAGGUGGUGUUCAAUAUAGAGUCACAGAGGAGAGCAUGAUGGAGAGACUCAAUACAAACAUGCACGAGGCGUGCCUUUCAGUUGACCCGAAAUGCAGGGUAUUGACAGUUCAUGGAUCAGCCGAUGAAGAUAUCUCAGUCAAAGACGCUGAGCUGGGGUUUGCGAAGAUAAUACCAAAUCAUUGGUUGGAAAUUAUUCAAGGGGCCGAUCAUCGUUAUUCUAAACAUCAAGAUGAAUUAGCUGCACCUGUUCUCAAAUUCGUUAAGGAAUGUCUUUAAUCUUUGUCGAUAAUGUCUGAAAAAUUUACCUUCGAUUAUGAACAACCCAUAAGGGAAUUAUGUCAAAAAUUUCACAAAUUAUGUGGAAUUGUUUUAUGGUCUUUUAAACGUUACAUGCAUUUGGUGAAAUACUUUGGAUAGGUCUUCCUUCACCUUCAAUAAAGGUAAUUGCAAUA